UGUACCGAAGCCUGCACUUGAGUACAAUUGCAAACCCUGAGAAGAAGCAAAUCAAAGAAGCGAAGAGUGUGAGAAGAGAAAGGGACAGAAGAAGAAGAAAAUGGAAGACGUGAUGACAGAAGCAGCACCACCUUCAAGGUUCUUGGAAGAAGACCUAAACAUCUUCACAACCCCUUCUCCACCUCUCCCCAAACCCUUCCUCAUCUCCCAACCCCACACCCCUUCCCUCCUCAUCGUCGCCCUCCCCGCCCCCUCCCUCGCCCUCUUCCGCCGCCUCCGGAGCUCCACCCCCGCCGCCUCCCUCCUCCUCCCGGAGCUCCCCCUCUCCCGCCCCAACCACACCGCCGAUCUCUUCGCCCUCUCCCCCUCCGCCCUCCUCGCCGCCGUCCCCUUCCCCGUCCCCGCCCACCGCGCCCACGCCCUCGCCCGCGCCCUCCUCUCCGCCCGCAUGGCGCCUCGCUCCGUCCUCCUCCUCGACUCCCUCCAACCUCCCAACUUCCGCGGGAGCCUCUCGUCCGACGAAACGCUGGCGUUUAAGCUCGAGACCUCCGCCGAAAGGAAGAGCGCCGACGCCGAGAAGAUGCUCCCCGGGGUUCCGUAUUACCCUUCCGGCAGCGUCGUCGAUGGGCUCGGCGCCGCCAUUCUCGCGCGCUGCCAGGUGCUCAACGUGAGGGCCAGUUUGUGCGUUUCGUGGCCUCGCUUCGACGCGUCGGUGGUGUCGUUGGUUAAGGGUUUGCUCCAGCGCGGUGUGUUGCGUGGCUUUGAGUUUGAUUUGGGGGAUGAGGAUUUGAAAUUCGGGAGGAGUGAGGAUAGGGUUUUGCAUUCUGAGUUGUAUAUUUGAUUUUCGGAUUGUGUGAAUGUUUUGAUCCCUGGGGACUAGUUCAGUGUUUUAGGUUACUUUGUUUUGUUAUGGUUGUUGGUAAGUUGAUAAAUUAAUCUCUGGUUAUAGAUUUUACAUUGAAAUGUGUGUUUUGACUGGAGGAAUUGAUUCUUGUGAUUUGGCGAAGGGAUAGAUGGUUUCUGGUUGUGGUUGGUUUUAUUUUUUAUGGCUUUAUUGAUUUAUUUAAACUUGGCCAUGAAUUGCACAUUUGUAACACGGACAAAACUUAGAUGCAGUGCUUUUUAUGACUUUGAUGUUGUUAUAUAAUGUUGUUAUCUAAUUACAA